AUGGAAAAGGAAAAAAUCCCGUUGACACCAGAAGAAAAGCCACCCCUACCAACCAUCGAAUAUGAUGGCCUUUCCGCGUCGCACUCUCCUUUAGAUGAGAAAUGCGAGAAACUCCUCCCGGACAACUACGACAGCAUGGUCUGCGGCGACGAUGACUACACAUACGGCAGCAGUAGUGUUGGAGGAUGUUGCGGAGGGGGCCGCAGCAGUGGAAGCAGCGGCCGGAGGGGUAGCGGUGAUGGUCGAGGCGGGGUAAUAUACGAUAAAGGAGGGGGAGGCAUGAGACUUGUUGAUAAGGGAGGCUUGAUCGAAGGCGGAGGAAGCAGCAGCGGAGGCGGCGUCAGCGGAGGUGGAUGCGGCGUCGGGGGCAGCAACAACAACAAUUGCGAGCGCAAAAAGCCCGGUAAAAAAGGCGGGAAGAACUGCAAGGUGAACAUCGUCCAACCGGCCGACACCAAGGAGCCGGGCGUGGCCAAGAAAGUACGCAAGAAUUCCCGCGAGCCCGAGAUCCGGGACACGAACCUCGUCCUUGCUUUGUUCGUUCUCUUCUGUUUUAAUUUGCCGUUCGGUCUGCUGGCUACCAUGUUCUCACUGAUGGCGGGCUCGGCAUUCAGAGACGGCAAGAAAAAGAGGGCCAAAUGUCAUUCACGAACAUCGAUGGUCAUCAGUCUGCUCGGCAUUGCAACCACGGCCGCCCUGGUCAUGUGUGUGAUCUUUUUCCUAGCCAUAAAAGAGCAAAGCCAGGGAUACUGA